AAUGGGUGUUAAAGAUGAUUUCAAGAUGGAUAAUCAACAUUUACAUGAUGAUGAUGAUGAUGUUCCACUCCCUGGAUUUAGAUUCCAUCCUACUGAUCAAGAACUUGUCACUUUUUAUCUUCAAAGAAAACUUGACAAGAAACCUAUUUCUAUUGAUCUCUUCAAACAAAUUGAUAUCUACAAAUAUGAUCCUUGGGAUCUUCCAAAAUCUAGUGUACAUGGAGAAGAAAAAGAAGGUUACUUCUUUUGCAAAAGAGGGAGAAAAUAUAGGAACAGCAUAAGGCCAAAUAGAGUAACUGGAUCUGGAUUCUGGAAAGCAACUGGAAUAGACAAAGCAAUAUACUCAAAAGGAGGAGAAGGAAAUGAUUGCGUUGGACUCAAGAAAACACUUGUUUACUAUCGCGGUAGCGCUGGUAAGGGCACCAAAACGGAUUGGAUGAUGCACGAGUUUCGUCUUCCUUCGAAUAUUGCUACCAACACAAAUCUUGCUCAUGCUAAGAAUGAUAAUGAUAUUUCUCAUGAAGCAGAAAUUUGGACAUUAUGUAGAGUUUUCAAAAGAAAUGUAUCACAAAGGAAACAACAAAUACAUGAGAUGAAACCGUUAGGUAACAAGCCACAGGCUAUUUAUGAAAAGAGCAGUAGAAUGAGCAGCAAUAUGGAAUUCAUGUUAAAUCAACAAACAUACAUCAAUUUUGGUUCAAGCCAUGAAGUUCAUCAUAACCAGGAUAUACCAGUAAAUAAUUAUGCAAAUAAUGGUCAAAGGAAUCAAUUUUAUGUGAGUGAGUUGACCCCUUCAGUUCCAGAGCAACCAGCUCAACAAAUUUUAAUACCAUCUUCAAAUUUUUGGAUUCAGGAAGCUGCAGAUGAGUUAUUAUCAUAUGAUAAUUGGGAUGAGCUUGGAUCAGUUGUGAAGUUUGCUGUUGAUUCACCUAGUUUGUAAAUAGUGAUUGGCAUGGUUUUAAAAGACGGUCCGGACCGUGACAAAACGGUAUCAACAGAUGCUAAUACUAAUACCAUUAUCACCGUUUUUUAUGUUAUAGAAUAGAUUGUAGUUAAUUCACCACCGUUUUUUAUGUUAUAGAAUAGAUUGUAGUUAAUUCACAUAGUGACGAAUGAGAUGCUAGAUUGAAGUAAAAUGGACUACAAAAUGUGUCA